GGACGUCACCGCGGGGAGCCGGAGCUGCAGUGCUCAGGCCCCGGGUUUCCAUGGCGACGCCCCCCAGCACAGCAGGUGCAGCCUCUGCCCCUCCCGACCCCUUCUCCCCACCGUGGCAGCAUAGACGCUUUCCUUCCCAUUCCCGCCGCCGCCCCCUCCUCUGGCCAGAGGGGCCCCUGCCUUGUAGACAGAGGGAGCAGUGGGCGGAUUAAAGCCCCUAAGGAUGUCCGAGUCCUGCUCCAGCCGUGCCUCCAGGGCACUGGGCUUCGGGGUGUUGGAGACUGUCCCCCCGCCCCCACACCCCUGGGCCUUCACAGUGGAAGAGGAGGCGGAGGGUCAGCGUCAGAGCCACGGGGACACGGGACACGGGCCCGGAGCCUGGACGCCGGCAGCUCCUGGAAGCUGGGAAAGGGGGAAAUGGAGUGUCCCCUGGGAUCCUGCUGCAGCGGCCUUGCCUGGCGUCUCCAGACCGGCCCACCUGCCGGCUGCCCUGGGGACCCUGUCCCGAGCCUCCUUCCAGAACAAGGACGCACACGAUCCCCCCAGAACCCCUCACCCCGGGAGCCAACCAGCGCUUCCUCCGGGAAGCCCGCGCGGCAGGGAUGGGGACCUUGCGUCCUGGGACUCAGGUGGCCCCUGGUCUGUGCUGGCCGCGGGGCGACACGAGGGCGCUGGAGCCUCCCCGCACUGCACCCCUGUGCCCCUGCGCCCGCCCCCGGACCUGGGGUGCGCCCCGCCCUGCUGGAGUGGAGGUCAAACCGGCCCGCGCCCCGCCCGCCCCGGGCCCGCUGCAGGGGGUCGUCCCGGGCAGGGGCCCUCCUUCCGGCGAGGCCGCUGGCGGCGGGGUGGUUAA